GAGAACACCCCUGCUCAUUCCCCAUGCACCCCAACUCCCCCCCAGCCCUGAAUAACUUAUCAUCAUAACAAAAGCCCCCAGUUAUGAGUGUAUUGGGGAGGAGAGGAAAUAUUUGACAGAUAAAAGUAAAGGACUAUAUUGAAGUUAAGGGAUUCUCCCCACCCCGUGGCUGCCUGUGCAAAGUCAGUUUAUAAUCGAGGGAUCCCAGGGUCCCUUCACGCUGCUGGGGAUCAGGUGGAGGGUGCUUAGGAGAGAGCAGAUGAGCGGAUGACAGGUGGUGGGAGUCAGCUGCUGGCCAGUGGAGGUCACGCGUCCAGGGAGGAAUCAACAUGGCCGAUGCACCCCGGACUGUACUCAUCUCAGGAUGCUCCUCUGGGAUCGGCUUGGAGUUGGCACUGCAGCUGGCUCAUGACCCCAGGCAGCGCUACCAGGUGGUGGCCACCAUGAGGGACCUGGGAAAGAAGGGGACACUGGAGGCAGCCGCUGGGGAGGCUCUGGGUCAGACCCUCACCGUGGCCCAGCUGGACGUGUGCAGUGAUGAGUCAGUGGCCCAGUGUCUCAGCUGCAUCCAGGGAGGGGAAGUGGACGUGCUGGUGAAUAAUGCUGGAGUGGGCCUGGUGGGGCCCUUGGAAGGGCUCAGCCUAGCUGCCAUGCAGAACGUCUUUGAUACCAACUUUUUUGGGGCUGUCCGGCUGGUCAAAGCUGUGCUUCCCAGCAUGAAGAGGAGGCGACAGGGCCACAUCGUGCUGGUCAGCAGUGUCAUGGGGCUGCAGGGUGUCGUGUUCAAUGAAGUCUACGCGGCCUCCAAGUUUGCCAUGGAGGGGUUCUUCGAAAGUCUGGCUGUCCAGCUGCUACAGUUCAACAUCUUCAUCUCCCUGGUGGAGCCAGGCCCGGUUGUCACAGAAUUUGAGGGCAAGCUCCUAGAGCAGGUUUCCACAGCCGAGUUCCCAGGCACCGACCCUGACACCCUGAGCUACUUUCGAGAUCUGUACCUCCCAGCCUCCAGGGAGCUCUUUCACAACGUGGGACAGAGCCCACAGGAUGUAGCCAAGGUCAUCGUCAAGGUCAUCGGCUCGGCCAGACCACCCUUGCGCCGACUGACCAACACCCGCUACACUCCACUGAUCGCACUCAAGGCCAUGGACCCCUCCGGCAGCCUGUAUGUGCGAACCUCCCACCGCCUGCUCUUCCGCUGGCCACGCCUCCUCAACCUUGGCCUUCGGUGCCUGGCCUGCAGCUGCUUCCGCACCCCAGUGUGGCCCCGAUGAACAGAGCCUCACCCAACCCUCCUCACCCCUGAACAACCAAGCCUCUUUAGUUCACAACCCUCUCUGGAUGUACGACCCUUCACUCAUUCAUUCAUUCAUUCAUUCAACAAACUCUGCCUGACACAUUUUUGUGUCUGGGCAUUGCUGGAACCCCAGAGAGCACUCAGCCUCCAGGCACAGACCCCUCUGUGGUCAAGGCUAGGAGCAGAGAGAGCAGACCCUGGGAUCCUGGCAUCCUGGGCUGAGGAGCCCAGAUCAGAGAGCUGGAGUUGUGUCUGGGAACGCAAGGAAGGCUUCCUGGAGGAGGGGGCGUUGUCCCUGGACCUUGAAGGAUGAAACAGGCUGUCUCAGUCAACCUCUAGACUUCAUUAUCUUCAGUCUAGGAAUUUAGGAAUGAUCCAAACAUUCCCAUCCCUCCUGCCCUCCUACACACACACUCAAAGCCGGUUUGACUGAGGGGUUUCCAGACAUUCUGGUCACAUACUCCAUCAGAAGGGCUUCCCAGGUGGUGCUAGUGGUAAAGAACCUGCCUGCCAAUGUAGGAGAUGUAAAAGAUGAGGGUUCGAUUCCUAGGUUGGGAAAAUCCCCUGGAGGAGGACAUGGCAACCCACUCCAAUAUUAUUGCCUGGAGAAUCCCCAUGGACAGAGGAGCCCGGUGAGCUACAGUCCAUAGGGUCACAAAGAAUUGCACAUGAAUGAAGCAACGUAGCGUGCAUGCAUUCUAUCAGUAAAAUGUGUCUGCAGACACACCAGCAAUGUAUGUAUAUUUUUUUCAUAAAAUAUAUAUUUGCAGCUAAUAGUAAUCACUGUAAGUAAUAAAGCUCAAUUUCUCAUGUAUAAAUAAAAACAUUAAAAAGAAAUAGGGCCUUUCUCACACCUAUUAGCAUGACUACAUUUUUUUAAAUGCCCAGAAAAUAGCAAGUGUUUGCAAUGAUGUAAAGAAAUUGGAUCCCUGUGCACUGUUGGUGGGCAUCCCAGAUGGAUCAGCAGGUAAAGAAUCCACCUGCAAUGCAGGAGACACAGGAGACUCAGGUUCAAUCCCAGGGUUGGGAAGACCCCCUGGAGAAGGAAACGGCAACCCACUCCAGUAUUCUUGCUUGGAAAAUCCCAUAGACAGAGGAGCCUGGCAAGCUACAGUACAUGGGGUCGCAAAGAGUCGGACCUGACCGAGCACUUGGCACGUUAGGUGUUAGACAGGCACUGUUGGUAAGAAUGUAAAAUGGUGCAGCCCCUAUGGAAAGUGGUAUGGCAGUUCCUCAAACAGUGAAAUGAAAUUAUCACGACUCAGCAGUUCCAUUCCUGGGUAUUACCCAAAAGAACUGAAAAGAUAUUGUACGCCCAUGUUCAGCACAGCAUUGUCCACAAUAGGCAGAAGGAGGAACCAACCCAAAUGUCCAUCAACAGAUGACUGGAUAAACAAAGUGUGAUCCAUCCGUACAAUGGAAUAUUUAUUCAGCCUUAAAAAGGAAGGAAAUUCUGACACGUGCUAAAACAUGGAUGAAACUUGAGGACAUUCUGCUGAGUGAAAGAAGCCAGACACAAAAGGAUAAAUACUGUAUGAUUCCACGUAUAUGAGGUCCCUAGAGGAGUCAGAUUCAAAGAGACAAAGUAGAAUGGUGGGUGCCAGGGGCUGGGAAAUGGGGGAAUGGAGAGUUAGUGGUUAAUGGCGAUAGCGUUCCAGUUCUGCAAGAUGAAGAAAGAGUUCUUGGAGAUGGAUGGUGGUGGCAGUCACACAGCAAUGUGAAUGUACUUAUCACCAAUGAACUGGAGGGGCUUCGCUGGCGGCUCAGUGGUAAAGAAUCCACCUGCCAAUGUAGAAGACAUGGGUUCAAUCCCUGAUCAGGGAAGAUCCCCCACACCGUGGAGCAGCUGAGCCUGUGUGCCACAACUGUUGAGCCUGUGCUCUAGAGCCUGGGAGUCACCAUUACUGAAGCCCGAGAGCCCUAGAGCCCAUGCUCUACAACAAGAGAAGCCACCGCAACGAGAAGCCCAAGUACUCACAGCUAGAGAGGACUAGCGACUAGACAGCAGUCCUUGCUCACUGCGACUAGAGAAAGGUGGCACACAGCAAUGAAGAUGCAGCACAGCCAAAAAUAAAUGAGCAAUUU